UGAAAAAAUCUCAAGGCGCCGGUGCGAGCUCGAACUGGACCGAACUUCGAAAUAUGACAUCAUGUAAACAUUGAAAAUGGUGUAAAAGUAACAUAUUUUCUAGGAUCAAUUCGCCGACAAUCUUCAAGAUGUCUGACAGAAACCAAGGAGCGAGUAGCAAUUCAUAUGAGGUCACUUCAAACACAAAAUCAGCAGUGAAACAGACGAGAAGUCAUUCGAGUUCGGCGGAAGGAAUUCGCACGGAGAUCAGGGAGAUGCAAAUCGAUGGACCGGCAGGUUUUCGUCAUGUCGGCGGGAUCACUAGCGAUACCGUGCAGGCAAUCCAGGCAGCGGAGAGAGAACAUUUUGCCGAUCUCUCCAGGGCUGAAGAGUUUGAUAACAUGACACUUGUAAGCCAUUUAGACGGGAGAAUGAAUGGUGGAAAACCUAAAAUCGGUGUUAUACAGGAGAGAGAGAUUCAAGGUGGUGCAUUCCUCUUACGGACUGUAGAAAUCCUGAAGAUUCCAGGUGAAACACUUGGGUUUUACAUUCGAGAGGGAGAUGGAUUUGAACGACUGGAUGGAAUCUUUGUGUCAAGAUUGAUGUUGGGUGGACUUGUUGAAGAUUCUGGCAUGAUUCGUGUUGGAGAUGAAAUUUUAUAUGUUAAUAAUGUAGAUGUAUCCUUCAAGUCCCUUGAUGAUGUGUACAUGGUCAUGCAGAUUCCUACCCGCCUUCUGAUAACCCUGAAAUCCCGACAAAUUGGCCGGAGUUCAUACCGACAUUCCAGCUCGCAAAUACAUUCUGCUAGAUAUGACAAAUCUGGCUCAUUUCCCGCCAGCCCAGGAAGGCAUUCUGCUGCACUAAGUAGUAUUAUAGGUCUAGAUCCUGAUAGACAAUCUUCUCCUAGAUCCUCUUCCAUGCUUGAAGCUGUAAAAAAUGAACAAGACAUCACUGCACAGUACAAGCUGAGCAGGAGAGUUGAUGAUGGAGGUAGGGUAGAGACAAGGGUCUCAAAGACAGAAUACACAAGCACACAAAGUGCUUAUUGCCCUCAAAAGGAGGACUUCAUAUCAAGCAAGUCUGGUAAAGGAGACAGAGAACCAUCACGUCAAAGAGACAUUGUCAUGAAGCGUGUGCUGUCAAGAAAUCGCAGCGCUACGACCGGAAUCAUCGAUGAUGGACCAAUUCCAGAUCCUAGUCUGCUACCAGAGUCCCAAUCAGAAAUCAAUCUCAAACAUGCUCCGCGUCUGAGCCGACCUGGAUCGUUUGACCCCAGCAUUCAGACGGAGGAAGACAGUGAUUCCAUGGUCUUUGUUGACGAGGACUUUGAGGAAUCACUGAGUUCCUCAUUCCAGAACAUGCACGGGAUGAGGAGCAGUGCUCCGGUUCAGGGCAGCACAUCAUCUCACAGGCAUCAGCAGCGACCGUACUCUACCAUCAUCCCACCAGACCGCUCCCUCCUGGAUGAUAGAGAUAAGGAUGAAGGCAAGGUGUUGUUGUCAGUCAAGUCAAGUGAUGCGGUGUCAAAGAUGAGACAUUCCUCCUCUUCAGAUAAUAUUGUAGCUUCAAACUGGGCAGAUGAUACUAAAGGUGCUGCAGUUAGGAAACAGCCGAAAUCUCCCAACGAUCCUCGCAUGACAAGACAAAGAUCAAACCCAGAUGAGCAAAGAGCUUCUGAGAUGGAAUCAAGUGGAGGUCGUUCUAGGAAGUCUGGCCAGAGUGGUCGUUCCACUUACUUAGAGAUGUUCAGUCAGCAGCGUCUACCAGCUCUGUUACGCAAUGUAGGUCCUGGACGGAAGAUCAGCAUGGCCAGUCUGGCUGGCAAGAAGUCAGAGCAAAGCACAGAAUCAUUAGGAGACGAAAACAGCAGUAAAUAUGUACCAAAGCCAUCACCGGACAAGAAAUCACGAAAAAUCUCUAGCAGCAAACAACUAGACAUUGAUAUCUCACAAUUCAUCAAGAUCAAAGGUGAUGUGAGUGCAAGGACACGUAAUCGCCAUCUACCAUCUUCGGGAAUCUUAGCGUUGCACCUCUCGGGCGGAAGGAAAAUGGCACCGGCGUUGGCCUCACGGAACCAGCUGCGAGAUUUGUAUUGUGUGAUAGAGAUUGAUUCCGUCCAUAAGGCACAGACAGCCACUGUGACAGGGCGGGAUGAGUUCUGCUGGGAUGAGAGGUUUGAGAUUGACCUGGAGAGGGCGCAGGACAUGGGUAUCAUGGUCUACAGUUAUGGCUGGAACCCAGAAGGUCGACAAAAACUCUGCCACAAGUCGCUCAUUAGGUUAACGCAAAUCUUAAUUCAUGCAAAAUCAAAAGACGACACCUACAACUUAGCCAUCCGCAUGGAACCCCGCGGAAUCUUGUACAUUUCCAUGGCAUUUACAGAGAGGCAUGCGACCCUGAAGAGGGUACCGUCCCUGGACAGGAGGGGUCUCUUUGGUGUACCUCUAGACGUGGUUGUACGGAGGGAAGGAUCAUCUAGGUUAAUACCGAUCCUAGUCCAGAAGUGUGUUCAUGAGAUUGAGGUGCGAGGGAUCAACGUGAUUGGGAUCUACAGAGUCUGUGGAUCAGCUAAGAAGAAGAAGAAGCUCCACGAUGAGUUUGAGACAGCUAGUGCUCUGGUGGAUCUCUCCUAUGACAACUAUCCGGACAUCAACAUCAUCACAGGUGUAUUAAAGGACUACCUGAGAGAGCUACCAGACCCCUUGAUGCCACCAGCCAUGGUAGAGCGAGUCAUGACGGUACUGGCUGGUGCCUCUCCUGAUGAUCCAGUCUGUAAUGGAGAUGAUGCCCUCUCUGUCAUGGAAGUUGUGGGCCAUUACAAACAGGAGACAGUGGAGUACGUCUUGGACCACCUCAAGAACGUCAUCGUCAACAGCGAGCGUAACAAGAUGACUCCCUACAACCUUGCUGUCUGCUUUGGUCCUGUCCUCAUGAGCUCUGGCAAGGAAGACGGACGCGGAGGUCGAGGGUCGCGUGGUGCCACCGAUGUACGAGCUGACAUCUGUCGAGGAGAUUCCAGGGAGAAAUCUGUAGACUGCGCUGAGAAACAUAUAGAACUCUUAUCAUGUCUCCUAGAAGUUUGGCCAGUCAGGAGAGGUCUAGAAACAGAGAACUCGGACAACUCCACGGCCAGCAAGGCGUCCGAGGAUAAGCCAUCAUCCGACAAACCAUCGUCAGAUGAGCCAGUCGCUCCAGAUAACCAGGAGGAAGACAGCUGUUAUCAUAGCAACGAUGACCUGAACGAUGGCCCAGCUCCUCCUGAAGGAGAAGCCAGACAGAAGAAGGAGUCAGAUUCCUCAGAGGUCAACUGGGACUCAGAGAAUCUUGAAGUUUCUGCAUGUUAAAUGGGUGGUCCGAGGUCAACUGGGACUCAGAGAAUCUUGAAGUUUCUGCAUGUUAAAUGGGUGGUCCGAGGUCAACUGGGACUCAGAGAAUCUUGAAGUUUCUGCAUGUUAAAUGGAUGGCAGCGGUGGGAUCGAGAUCCCUACAAUCAAAAUACGCUGAAUAACCUGCUUUCUAUAAACACCCACAAAUGUAUUCCAACACGGCCCUAAAGCUUAGGACUAGUAUAGACCCUGUAAAAAAAAAUUGGGGAGAUUCAAUAUCUUGCUACUUAAGUUAAAAAUAAAACCUUGAAGUAUUGAUGAUUUAAAUGUUUUUGUAGCUUAUAGUCUUGCAGCUUGCCAAUUUUUUCUCUAGAAAAAAAAAAAAAUCCCCUUUCAGAUUUUUAAAGAAAAAUGUUAGUGUCCAUGAUAUGUAGAGAUUUACAUGAUGGCGUGUUCAAUGAAUCUGUAAUGAUUAGCAACCAAUGCAUGCACCAUUUGGGAUUUUCCUGUUUUUAACAUGAUGAUACUAGAUAAAGAACAUCAGUUGAAUAAGAGAAACCUUCUAUUAUUUCUCUUUUUAGUUUUUUUUUAUAGUGAUUAUGAUGCAAUCCCUGAAAAAGCCUUCAGCUGUGCAAUAGGGCCGAAGCAAUGGCUUCAACUGAUGGGUUUUUACCUAAAGAUAAAAUCAGAUGAGCGAGCAUUCACUUUGUCAAAGAAGAAUGAAUGAUGUGCAAUGGAAGCUAUAACAACAGACAUUCAUAUUAUUGCCUUAGGAAAAGUAAACAAAGACCUGAAUAGGGAAACCACCUCUCUAUUCUAUGUCUUCAUAAAGCAAGAAAGAUCAGAAUUUCAAUGACUAACUUUUUUUUUGCUGCUAAGAGGCUUUUUGUAAAAUUCCAAAUUCAUACACACGAGUUCAAAUUUCUUUUUCAACAGCCAGUUACAACACCUAAAGAAAAAUCAACUCUCACAUACACUUGAGUUCAGCCAAUUAUUGAGGCUCAAGGAGAUUGGUAUAUGAAAGGCAUUGCUGUAAAGGAAACUGGUAGAUAACAGAUUGGUAAUGGUGUCUCAGUAGUCGAACCUGGAAAAUGGUGUACCUAAGACCACACUUUCCAACUCACCCUCUAUAGAUCUGCAUGUCACCCAGAUAGUCUUGCAAUAGAGAACUUAAGGAUAAAUCAUCUGUUCAGCGCAAGAAGGGGGUUAACUCUGUGUUCAAGUAAAUGAGCCAGCGCCCUUCAGGCUUCAGGUGCCCUACACCUACAAUGUAUAAAGUCCAUGGACGCCAGAGAUUUUACUGUACAUUCCACUUUCUAAUCAUUUCAUCAAUUUGAAGGAGCUCUGUUUUCUUUUCAAAUAUUUAUAUCAACCAUUUCUUUUUGUGUCAUAGUUUAUUUGAUUCCCUCUUUUGAAGAAUUGGACAUUUGUUGGUGCAAAUACAAGCUGCAACACAUGUGAACUGAAAUAUAUUUUGUUGCUAUGAUGUGCAUGUGCAUGAAUGACUGUUUCCCUGUCUUUAAUUAUAUCAUUGAAAGGAAAGAGGGUAUCCCUACUUGGUAUUAUAAAUGAAUUUCCCGGUCUAAUUUUAGAAGACAAUGGAAGAUAAAUGUAGUGUAUCCCCAAACAGACAAACUUGUGCCCAUCAGAGUAUCAUCAGCCAAGCUGAGUAGUUGAAAUACAGAUUAUUCCAUUCUUAUAUUUAUGAAUGCUAGACUAGGUUUUGUUCACCAAUUUACAACAAUAGUAUGCUGCUCUUGUAAAAAUAUUUUUUGGGUAUGUUGCAAGUAAUGUUUAUUUCAUUACAAGCAAUUUAAUAUGCUUACAGGUAUAUUCAUACUCUCAGCCCACCACCUAGGGGAACCUUGGUGGCUCCUUUAUUAAAGUCCAUGGAAAUAGAAUAAUUCUGUAAGUAUUUAAUGGCUUAACAUUCAAAUAUUCUGACUAGCAGGAAACCAUUCAGUCUUGGAGUUUAAAGUUUAUAUGAUGAACUGUCACUGUAUAUGUAUUCAGAGUUGGGCUACUUAAAAUGUGGAAUAUUGCUGCCAAUGACAAUUCAUUUAGAAAAUGAAGAGAAUUAUUAAGUAAAUACACGGUAUCACUUUGAUGCUGGUCAAUCUAUAAUCUGUAUCUAUCAAGGUGUGAAAUAAUCUAAUCAUUUCCAACAAUCCACUGUUCUGAAAUUCUCUUUAUUUAGGUUAUCCAAACUUUAAUAUAGAAGUAUACCUACUGAUGUUUUAUAUCCCAGUUAUGACUCUAGGUUCAACGAAAAGUAGUGCAAUAUUAAUCAGAAAGGAAAUUUUAUGUGGAUUCAAGUCAAACUUGUGUGUUACCAAUGUUGUACAGUGUGUAUAUAGUAGUUUACUAUUGUAUAUGAUAACUUAAAUCAAUCCUUAAUCAAGACAUGUUGCCAGUAUUGCAAUUUAUCCGAGAUCAGGCGAAAAACAAACUAUUGGAAGCCUCAUGGUGGAGGUGUGUCACAGGAUUGUCAUGUUAUGAAGCUGAAAUCUUUGACUUCGAUGUUGAUAAGAGUGACCUGCUUGAGCUGAGCGAGAUACAUCGCUUCAUUGGUUGCCGUAGUAAGAUGCAGCAAGGAUUUGCCUGUAAAGAAUUAAAAGCAGUCAUUAACUUUUCAGGAACAAGAGUACCGAAGGUUGUAUAAUGAAGUGUGAAGAAAUACUUGGUGGGACAUAUGUGAGGUUAAACAGGAUAUGAGCAAAGAUCAACAAUGUUGUGCGGAAGUGUCAAUAUUUGAAGGAUAGGUUGUGUGAAGAACUGGAAGGAACAUCCAUACCAGACUUCUGCUUGAAUCCUCGCACUCCUGUGGACCCCUUCUUGAAAUCCUGUGUCUUUUGGUGGUAGGUUUGUGUAUCAAUAUCAGGACUGCACGUAUGAUGUGCCAAUGCUAGGAGUCUCUUACCGUUAGACUGCGAACAUUACACAAAAGAGCAUAUCCCACUCCUGACACCACUUUGUAAAGGGACAUCUGUGAUCUUUCCAUUCAUUGGCUGUCAUCAACACGACAGCGGUGCUGGAUCUUCAAUAUAUCUCUGGAUGGUGAAUACUUCAUACGGUGUAAAUUGCGCCUCGUCGACAAACUUAAAAGGAUGUAAAGAAUAGCGCCCUCUGGGGAUUGUGUCCAGUGAAUUAUCAGUCAGUUUGUUGGCACUAGCGAAUAUGAAUUACAAUCGAAGUGUCGUCUUGUCAACUUAUUGAUAAGGAAAUCCGCACCAUGAUCAAACCACCACGACCUAUGAGAAAAGUGUAGCGCAAUUGGAAGUUAGUAUUUCGAAGGAUACAGACCAUGAUAUUAAAAAAAAUAUCCUAGAGAUUUAAUUAUAAAAAUAGAAGUGAACGCUGUAUUCAGUCUGCAGUUCGUUGUUUUGUCAACAUUUCUUUGCUACAUGCUGAGCAUGUGAUGAUUGUAUUUAAGCAGAGUAUUAAACAGAAAUACAUGUUUUUAGAAAAAAUUAGAAUUGAAUGGCAA